GCGGUAUAUCUGAACCGUGUGCAACGCUUAGGUUCUAAAUAGUUGAGAUUAAGUGGGAAGAAAUUGUGUCAGCAGAUAAUUCGUUGAAUUCUGCAGGUUUACUAUUCCCUCCGUAGAUCCCUAUCAUGAAGACAUCACUACACCUAGGGGCAAUGAUCUGUCCUAAAAUUGGCCAUAAUUGUUUAUUUGAGCUCGUAGACAUAGAUAGUCCAUCAACAUUAAUAUGAAAAUGCAGAGUAUCGAAAUCAAAAGUACACAACCAAAGUUCAACAAAUCUUAGAAGAUUGGUUUUCAAUCCGAGGUGAUAGUAAACCCCACUGCUGAUGAACUGUGGUUGGACACUUCUACAGGUCCUUAGAAUACUUCUGAUGCUCCUUGAUCACUGCACUCGGUUACUUUGGUUGAAUUAACUACAAAUUACGGUCAUUUUUGUGAUUUUCCAUAUUUAUAGAGGUGUACAUGAUAUAAGUCAGACAUGGAAGAAGAAGAUACUUACUUACCAGAAAACCAUCCAUUACAACAAUACUUGCGAGAAAUUGGAAUUCCGGAUGUUGCUACUUGUGAAAUCUCCAAAAGGCCUACUACCAGCACUACUAGUACCUUUCCGGUGAAAAAGUUUGCGCAGAUCUCAUCUUAUUUAAAAUGUAUAAAUCCUUUUGAUUUUACAUUAUAUUUCGGUUUCGAUUUACCACUUACAAGACAUUUUUUGCUUCAGAUAAUUAGCUUAAUAAAGUACAGUGAUCUAAUUACUGUUGAGAAUAAACCAGUGGUUGAAUACAUAUACUCGGUGGGAAAUAACGACCAAAUCGACUCAAGAUGUUGUUUCGCGAUGUUUUUCAUUCUUUGUGGAUUCGGAUUAAGUUACUCUACUCAAAUGAUUCUUAUAUUCUUACUCGUUAUUUUGUGUUUACGGAUGUCCAAUGUACUAUUUCUAAUGGUAUCUAAAUAUCAUCUUGCAGACUCAUUGAAGCAAAUGAAAAAAUUCUUUCACAGAUCCCACCUUAUCGUUCUUUUCUUACAAGAUCUCAAUACCCGUCGUUAUUUUGGUCCCAAAAUUGUAGAUAAAAAUACAUUUAAACUUUUCCCACUAAUAUACCAUCAGGCGUACAACUUUAUGCGCGCUUACCUUAUAGAAUUGGUUGAUUUUUCUCUAAAAUUAGGAAACUUAAUUGGUGAAAAUAAUUCUGAGAUACCAUUGGAGAUGUCAAAUUCAGAACUUAUUCAAUUAAAAUGUGACAUAGAAGAAAAACCUAAAGACCCAAGCAUCGAAAAUUUAAGAAUGUUUUGUGAAUUGUUAAAACUGUUAACAUCUGAUCUCUUGGUCAAAUUAUCAUUCUCGUUUUGCCAAUCAACACGGGAUACUUUUUACCUAUUACGAUUGAUUAUGUCAGUAUGGAAAUGGGACUACUUUUUGACUAGAAUAAAAAAUGAAUUCAUUAAACUGAAUGAAUUGCAUUCAAUGAUUUUAAAUGGCAAGCUCAUACAUAAUGAUGCUCGAACUGCAAAAGAAUAUGUAUCUAGAGAAAAUGAAGUCAAAAAUCUCUAUAAACGAACAGAGGCUCGAAUAACUCACGAAUUAUUGUUGCAUCUUCUUGUUUCAUUGGAACAUGCUAACAAUUUGAAGUCCUAUGUUGAACAAAAUUGUAACACGUCAUUUGUUUCGAAUGGAACCUUUUCCAAUUUAGUUAAUCUUAUACGUUGUCAAUUGAAUGCAUCCCUGAUUUUUUUGAAUGAAUUGGAUAAUGCUGAAAUCGUGGACAAUGUUGAUAUUUCAAAAGAAAAUAUAGAAACAGCUACUGUUGACUUCCUUUAUUGCCGAGAUGGGAUUUCAUCUAGUAAAAAUGUUCUGAAAGCUGUGGAUCCAAUUGUAGAGGAUGAUGUAUUAGAAGAUAUAGCUGUUGGAGACUCCUCUAGUCAUGAAUCUGAAGCGGAGUACGAAAAUGUUGAUUACGUGAAUUCGCUAAAGAACCCAUCAUCAGGUAUGCAUGUUACUGUACUGAAAGAACUUAAAAAUGUAAUAUCUCAGCGUCGAGUGAUUAUGCAGGAGCGUGAAGAAUGUGCUUUAAAACGACGAUUGCAGAUAGAGUGUCCUGAUAACGAAAAGCCGAGUCUGUCCACUAACAGGGUCAGCGUAAAUUCUGAAAAUGAGCUUCAAACUCAGUUUGUAUUAUCCGAUUCACUUGAUACAAAUGAAAGCAACUGUGCUUCUAUGGAUGAUAAACUACUAGAAUUUUUCCCAACUCCUUUGUGUAAUUCAUCAUGCGAAUAUUUCAAAAAGUCCCGUACUGGACGUCGAAAUUUAAAAUGUAAUGUUUUAAAAAGAAAUUCGAUCUUUCUUCAGCUGUCAUCUACUAAUGUACAUGAAAAUUACAGAAGUUCAAAUUGUUCUGACCCAAUUGUAUUGAAAAAUGUUUCACAGUCAGAAAACUCACCAGAUGAUAAGUUUCAACAGUGUUCUGCACUAGCGAAUGCUUUAAUGAAUCAACGUAAAUUGUUGGGGUUAGCCACAGAGGAUUGUUUUACUGGGAUUGGUUCAGGUGAAAUGUAUGUUGAAAUGUCAUAAGAGACUCAUACAGGCAUUUCAUCAUAGUCAUUGAGUUUUUCUUUACAGUUAUCAUUAUGCAGUAAUAGACAUUGUAUAUUAUUCAUUUUGUUAUUUUUCUGUGUAACUCUUCUGACACUUGAGGGUACAAUCGCAUUGUACUUUGUUAAAACUGAAAUAUAUCUCUAGAUACGUGGUGUGCUUAAUAAAAUUGGUGUGAGUACAUAAUAGAUGCUAUUGAAUGUAUGUUCGAGGAUUCUAUGCUCUAAUCGGGUAAUAUAAAUUUUUACCCUUUGAAUUACGUAUAUAUUGCCGAACAGAAAUCUGAUUUAUUUUGAAGUAUGUUUUUUACUUCUUUAUUACACACUUGCAACAUUUAUGUCCUAACACGAUCAAGUGAAGUAACGGUAGAAUAAUUCUCCCGAGUUUAUGAUAAAGUUUGUCUUUUGAACGUCAAACAAGCUGAAGUCUAGCACAUUGAUAAUAGUUUAUACUUCUGUUGUGAUAAGGGUCUUUCGAAGAUGUGUCCUACAGCUCUAUUCAACCACUAAUUGCGAACCUGACACCUGAAUAACC